AAUGGCGAAAAAUAAACCUAGACGAUUCGUUCGCAAUGAUUAUAAUUGUUCAUUGGAUGCAGACGAUGAAGAAAUAGCUAAAGCCGAAUUGAAUGAAUUACCAUCUGAUCGUUUGACAGCUCUUCAAUGUUUAAGUGAUUGGAUACAGGACACAGAAUAUAUAAAAUGUCCAUUACGAACAGAUUUCCUUCUACCUUUCUUAAGGCAAGCCAAAUUUUCUCAAAUUAAGGCUAGAAAAAAAAUUGAGACCUACUCAUCUUUAUUUCAAAAUUAUCCUGACUAUUUUGCCAAUUUAGACCCUAAUGAGGAGCAAGUUCAAUAUUUGUUUAAUACUGGCUUCAUGGUUCCAUUAGGAUUGGAUAAGAAUAAGAGUCAAGUUUUUUACAUAAAGAUGGGACUAUUAGAUACUUCAGGAACAAAUUAUACCUCAGCACAUCUUUUACGAGCCUUAAUGAUUGCGGGAAUAUGGACUUGGAUGAGUUCGGAGCGAACACAAAUUAGAGGUACCGUCUUUAUCAUGGAUUUAGAAGAUUAUACGUGGAAAAGAUUUAUGUUUAUAGACAUGGAUAAAAAAAAAAUGAUUAGUAAAAAUAUAAUGGGAUGCGUACCUGUGAGAUUUAAGGCAGUGCAUCUUAUCAACUAUAACCUAAUAGUUGAUUCUUUUGUAUCAAUCCUGAAACCUCUCGAUCCCGGAAAAUUUUUCAAAAGGAUAGUUCGCCACAAUACUCUAGAGAGUCUAUACGAUCGAGAAGUACCGCGAGAGAUACUUCCUGCAGAAUUACUACCCGACGAAGAUUCCUCAAAGGCAAAUGGAACUUUCAAGGAUUUGACUGAAAAAUUCAAGCAAGAUAUAUUAAAUCAUCGUGAAACAAUUAUGAAAAUGACUGAUACAAACUCAUUUCAUGUUGACGAAUCUUUAAAGGUAUUGUCAUCAACGAAUAGCAGCUACAGAAAAUUGGGUUUGGAUUAGACAAUAUACUGAAUUAAUUGAUUGUUUCUGAUUGACUAAUUCUCUUAAGUUUCUUUCCUUCCUAGAAGAAAUAAUUGUGGAAAGAAGAGAUUUAUUAAUUUGUUCUUUUAGUUAUGUAUUUACUGUAUAUACAAUAUAUAUAUAUAUAUAUAUAUAUAUAUGUAUAUUGUUUAAUAGCCGAGUAAAAACUUGCCAAAGAAUCGAAUAUUUUAGCAAUUAACGAGCUAACCUAUUCAUAAAAUUUUGUUAAUUGUUUUUUUUUCUCUUUCUGUUUUGGAAACUGGUGCUCUUAUUUCCUUUUAUUCAAUUUUUGAAUAUGAAAGAAGAAUAUUUUCCCAACUAAUUCCUUUUAUUCUCUUUCACUUCUUAUCUAAUAUUCAACUUUUUUCAUGUUAAUCGUUAUUUUAUUAAUACAAAUUUUGAGGGAAGAAUUUUUAACAUUCCUCUCCAAAGUUUAUCUCUUAUUUUGUACUAUAAUAAAAGUAUAUACUGUACUAAUAAUAGAGAUAGCGUACAACAAGUUAACUAUUAGCCUAUAAUCAUUACAUUUUUUUAAAGAUAAUAUCAUAAAUGCAAAGUAAUUGUGAUGCGAAAUAAAAUUGAAAGAAUCCGAUGCUAUCUUUAUUAUAAAUAGAUAUGUUUGUAACAUAAGUUAACGGUGUAAUCUAUUUG